AUGAGUUCGCUUUUCUAUUUGCUUUUACUCCUACCUGGCAAUAUGUCUGUUACUAGGACUAGCAAUAGGGGUUUCCUCCUUAGCGUGUUCGCCUUGUGGUCCGCGACCAGUGUUGCUGCCGAUAAGGGGGACGAUUUCUCUAAUAAUCUGUUCUCUAACUUAUUGCUUCUGCUGGCGCUCUUUAGCGAGCGGGUCACUUUGCAGUUUAUGAGUAAGUCUAUGGGCUGGGCUAACAACAUUAUUCUGGCCAUGGCGCCCCUUGGUAUUCUAACCGUUAUUGUUAGCGCUAUUUGCGUCGGCGGCCCUAUGUGGUUGAAGGCGGUUGUGGGCUGGGCUAGGGAGAACCUAGCAGCUGCUGAGGUAAAGCUAAUGUCUUUGACGUUGGAUGAAGUCUGCGAGCUCUGGAACGGUCGGGAGGUGGUGAGGUGUAUGGGAUUGGCCCUAGUCACAGAAUUCAUCUGCCUUCUACCUAAUGACAACCUAACUAUUAAAUCGCCUACUACUUAG